AUGGCUUCCCCUCAAACAAGUGUUACGGUAGCCGAUGAAACCGAUCAGCGGACCGACCUUGUGCAACGAGCUCAAUGGAUUCGAGCAGCCAUUCUUGGAGCUAACGAUGGGUUGCUUUCAACCGCAUCGCUAAUGCUUGGUAUAGGUGCAGCUAAUGAUGAUAGACGGUCCAUGAUCCUCUCUGGACUAGCUGGAGCACUUGCGGGUGCAUGUAGCAUGGCUGUUGGCGAGUUCGUUUCCGUUUCUACCCAAAGAGAUAUUGAAAAGGCUUCGAAAACCGACAUAACCGUGCGUCUAGAUGAUGUUGAAAAGAUCGAAAAAAUGUCUCCUGUUAUAAUUCUAGAUCCGAAUUUGCCCCAAGGCCUUUCUCCCGGCAAGUCUCCUAUGGUAACCAAAGCAGUGGUAACAUUGGUGCAAGAUGCACUGCCUAACCCGUAUAAGGCCGCUUCUGCAUCGGCUUUGGCAUUUCUAUGCGGGUCAGUCAUUCCUCUAUCAUCGGCUGCAUUUAUCGAACAACAUGUUAUCCGGAUUGUAGCGACUGCGGUGGCUUCAUCGAUAGCUCUCCUUGUGUUCGGUUGUUUCGGUGCUUAUCUCGGGGGCUCCCCGGUUAGGGUAUCAGCAGCCAGAGUUGUGUUCGGAGGGUGGUUUGCUAUGGCGAUUACUUACGGUUUACUUAAGCCCUUUGAUAAAUACCACGAGGGCAAGGAUGAUUGA